GGUCACAUUAGAGUUACGACAGUUCUUUCUUCUUGAUGGCUCGUGAUGACAUGUCAACAACAAACAUGGCGACCAGUGGCAACUAUUGGGAAGAUUUGCGUAAACAGGCCAGACAGCUGGAGAAUGAGCUGGAUCUCAAGCUGGUCUCUUUCAGUAAGCUGUGCACCAGCUACAGCUGCAGCAGCCACAGCUGGGACCAGCACCCUAGGGACGGCAGGUCUGAUUCCUUUGGCUCAUCUCAGAACAAUGUGCUCGCAGCCAUGACUACUGAACUGGAGCAGCUUUUGGCCAGUCUUACAUCAGUCAAUGACAAAAUGGCAGAAUACACAAAUGCUUCAGGAGCUUCGUCACAUAACGUAGCCUUGAUGCACACCUUACAGAGACACAGAGACAUUUUACAGGACUACACUCAUGAGUUCCACAAAACCAAAAGCAACUUUUUCAACCUGCGAGAGCGGGAGGACCUGCUGGGCUCUGUUCACAGAGACAUUGAGUCCCACAAGAGCAGCUCAGGGGUUAAUAACAGACGGGCCGACCUCUUCCUGAAGGAACAUGAACAUCUGAGAAGCUCAGACAAGUUUAUUGACAGUGCAAUAAGUAUUGCGAUGGCUACCAAAGAGAACAUCACAUUUCAGCGUGGGAUGUUGAAGUCUGUUCAAACCAGGGUCACGACUUUGGCCAAACGGUUCCCCUCCAUCAACGGUCUCAUCCAGAGAAUCAAUUUGCGCAAGAGGCGAGACUCUUUAAUUCUAGGCGGGGUGAUUGGCAUCUGCACCAUCCUCCUGUUGCUCUACACUUUCCACUGACCCACUGACAAUAAUAUUCAUAUUCAAGCCAGUUGUUGACAAGAUAAUUUUUUUUUGUUUUCAUAUGUUACUCUUUCAAUUUACUUUCCUUAAAACUGUUUAAAGAAUUUAAAAAAGCAUUUUAUUUUUAAAGAAAAUGAUAUCACAAUGAAAACAUCUCAGUAGUACGUAAAGGUGUUUCAGCUCACAUCGGAGGAGUUGAUUUGUUUUCUGAACUAUGAUAACAUUUCCAUCUGGAAAUUUAUGUAUUGCUGCUUCUAUCCUGUUGUAAUUAUAACUGUAUAAAGGUAUAAAAUAAUA